ACCUUUAUUCUAUUUGUGAAAUGUUUUUUGGGUGGGGGGGAUAAACCGCACCUUACAAUGAGACAAAAGCCAAUCACACGGACUGGUCAGGAAUGAUUCUUUCCAUCUUGGUUACUGAAGAAUUAAUAAAAGAUUUUACCAGUGGUAAUUAUAUCACAGUUUGUGAACCAGAAUCAUAAACAAUGUUAAUUGUCAACAUAAUAACUGAACCCGGAUAAAAAAACUAAUACAACAGACUGCAGUACCUGUGUGCAAACUACUGAAAAAAUCUAAAGGAAAAAUUGGGGAAAAGGAACAGAAAAUAUGUGCUCAAUAUCAAUAAAUGGACAGGUGAGACAUCUUAGACAUUUUAGGUCUUAAUGUUUCUGCUAAGUUGCAGAAUAGGCUUGUUGGGGGAACGGUUGGGGGUGUUGGUUGUGUUUGGUGGUGGCAGAAGCAGGCGCUUGCCCGGGGCCACAUUCAUGCAAGAAGCUCCCUUGGCUGUGAGAUCAGUCCAGAAGGACGCAGAGUUUAUAUUUAGACAGGCAGGGGAGUGAUAUCAUUUCAUAGUUGGCCAGCAGCACUCUGUCGGCGACCUUCCACUCUGGAAACCUUAAACCAGACCACCUUAAACCAAAGAUUAACAAUUAAAACUUCUGCAUGAAUUCAUCAGACUCCCCCCUCCACUCUUUCUCAUCUGGUCGGAUCCAGUCUGCUAGAAGCGGGCGUCCUGGUGCGAAAUAAUCGGUGUGAGUAAAUUAGGCGGAGAUGCAGGAGGACAACCCCAGACACGCUCCUCCGCGGUCAGGGCAGGUGCUCCACUGGUGAGCCGGCAGAAGACAGGGCAGACAGGCUGAGAGAGGGCGGAGAGACAAGGAGGUAAACAGCAGUUUCACUUCCCAGCGUUGCGCCAUGGAUCAGGGGCAGGGCGCACAGGUCGCCGACAUGAUGGGGGAGCACGCAGCCGGAGUGUGCGCGUCGGAACGCGGCGAGGUGUCCAGCCCCAGCCCGCCGGCCAAGCAGCGCUCCCUUCGGGUGGUUUACGUCCUGAACGACGGACUGAAGUCGGUGAUGGCCAGCAGCCCGGAGUCCGGAGCGCUGCAGUGUCUGCAGAGAGCCUGCGACUCGGAGAGCGCCCUGCUCACCACCGUAACCUUCGGACGGCUGGACUUUGGAGAGACAGCGGUGCUGGACAGCUUCUAUGAUGCAGACAUCGCCGUCGUGGACAUGAGCGAUGUGUUUCGGCAGCCCUCGCUGUUUUACCACCUGGGCGUGAGGGAGAGCUUCGACAUGGCCAACAACGUCAUCCUGUACCACGACACCGACCCGGACACCGCUCAGUCACUGAAGGACAUGGUUGCACAGAAGAACACAAAGGCCAGUCGUCAUCCAGCAUUAAGAUUUCCUUGGAUUCAGCUGCCUCCAGAAUACCGAGGCUCUGGACUGAGAAAUAAAGCUUCCAGCGGUAAUUACUACUUCAUCCCCUACAUUGUGACUCCUAACCAUGAGUAUAUGUGCUGUGAGAGCGAUGCACAGCGCAGGGCCAGUGAGUACAUGCAGCCCAGCUGGGACAACUUGCUGGGGCCGCUGUGCGUCCCCUUGACAGACCGCUUCACCAGCCUCCUGAAGGACAUCCAUGUCACAUCAUGUGCAUCUUUUAAGGACACCUUGCUGAAUGACAUAAGGAAAGCCAGGGAGAAGUACCAGGGAGAAGAGCUGGCCAAGGAGCUGGCCCGCAUCAAACUCAGGAUGGACAACACAGAGGUCCUAACGCAGGAUAUCGUCAUGAACUUGCUCUUUUCCUACAGAGACAUACAGGAUUAUGAUGCAAUGGUUAAGCUUGUGGAGACACUAGAGACACUGCCCACUUGUGAUCUGGCCACCCAGCCCAUGAUCCAGUUCCACUACGCCUUUGCUCUCAACAGGAGGAACAGUCCUGGAGACCGGGAGCAGGCUCUCAGAGUGAUGCUCCAGGUGCUACAGACAAGCGAGCAUCCUGCCCCAGAUAUGUUCUGCCUCUGUGGACGGAUCUAUAAGGACAUUUUUCUUGACUCGGACUGCAAAGACACUGUCAACAGAGAUAAUGCCAUACAAUGGUAUAGAAAAGGCUUUGAACUGCAGCCCACUCUCUACUCUGGCAUUAAUCUCGCGGUCCUCCUAAUAGUUGCUGGCCAGCAGUUUGAGAGCUCUAUUGAACUGAGAAAAAUAGGUGUGAGGUUGAACAGCCUGCUGGGCCGUAAAGGUUCCCUGGAGAAAAUGAACAACUACUGGGAUGUGGGACAGUUCUUCACUGUUAGCAUGUUAGCUAGCGAUAUUCCUAAAGCUACUCAAGCUGCUGAGAAGCUGUUCAAACUGAAGCCACCGCUAUGGUAUUUGCGGUCAGUGGUGCAGAACCUGCAGCUAAUCCAGAGAUUUAAAAAGCAGGUGGUGGAACAUUCUCCCCAAAGAGAAAAACUGGACUUCUGGAUGGACAUCAUUGUGGAGGCCACAGAGGGCACCACCAACAGACUGCGGUUUCCUGUUUUGAUUUUGGAACCCACUAAAAUUUACCAGCCUUCCUAUGUGUCUAUAAACAAUGAAGCUGAAGAGAAGCAUGUUUCCAUCUGGCAUGUUUCUCCUGUUGAAAGUAAGGGAAUCCAUGAGUGGAACUUCACUGCAACAUCCAUUAAAGGCAUUAGUAUCAGCAAGUUUGACGAGCGCUGCUGUUUCCUUUACGUCCAUGACAACUCUGACGACUUCCAGAUCUAUUUCUCUACCGAGGAGCAGUGCGGUCGGUUCUGCUCCCUGGUGAAAGAGAUGAUAUCUGAUGGGACAGGGAAUGCUGUGGAGCUGGAAGGAGAGGGUGACGGAGAUACGCUGGAGUAUGAGUAUGAUAUGGAUGAGAAUGGAGACAGGGUGGUGCUGGGCAGGGGCACUUAUGGAGUGGUAUAUGCCGGGAGAGAUCUAAGCAACCAGGUCCGGAUCGCCAUCAAAGAGAUCCCUGAAAAAGACAGCAGGUACUCACAGCCUCUUCAUGAAGAAAUUGCCCUUCACAAAUAUCUGAAGCACAGGAACAUUGUUCAGUAUUUGGGCUCGAUUUCUGAGAACGGAUACAUCAAGAUCUUCAUGGAACAGGUGCCUGGAGGAAGCCUAUCUGCAUUGCUGCGGUCAAAAUGGGGUCCUCUGAAGGAGGCCACGAUCAUCUUCUACACCAGACAGAUACUGGAGGGGCUGCGGUACCUUCAUGAGAACCAGAUUGUCCACAGAGAUAUCAAGGGUGACAAUGUGUUGGUAAACACCUACAGUGGUGUCUUGAAGAUCUCUGACUUUGGAACCUCAAAACGGCUGGCUGGAGUUAAUCCCUGCACAGAAACAUUUACAGGUACUCUGCAGUACAUGGCUCCAGAAAUCAUUGACAAGGGUCCUCGAGGCUAUGGGGCCCCAGCUGACAUCUGGUCUCUAGGAUGCACCAUCAUAGAAAUGGCCACUGGAAAGCCUCCGUUUCACGAGCUCGGAGAACCUCAGGCAGCCAUGUUUAAGGUGGGAAUGUUCAAAAUCCACCCAGAGAUUCCUGAAUCUUUGUCGCUAGAAGCCAAGUCCUUCAUUCUGCGCUGCUUUGAGCCCGAUCCUAAUAAGAGAGCCAUCGCUGUAGACCUGCUCAGAGACAGUUUUCUCAGGCAAACCACGAAGGGCAAAAAAAGCAAGAUCGCCUUCAAACCAACAGACUACAUCCAUAGUGUUUCCAUUCCAGUGCAUCAGCAGGGGGAAGCUGCCGGAAGCAGCAGCAGCGAGCACGGCUCAGUGAGUCCGGACUGCGACUCAAAACAUGACAUUUUCUUCCAGAGGAAGAAAACCUCUGGCUCUGAGAACUUUAAAACAACCAGCUCCAACUACCUAAGUGUCCCAGAUGAGAGUUCAGCUUCAGAGGAUCGGAGUGUCACCCCCUCACCUGAGGACAGGGACAGCGGUCUCUUCCUCCUAAAGAAGGACAGUGAGAGACGUGCUAUUCUCUACAAGGUUCUUAAUGAUGACCAGGAGAAGGUCAUCUCCAACUUAAAGGAAAACCACAUCCAGGGCAGCGAGGAGCUCCUGCUUUCUGUGGAACACAUCAAGCAGAUCAUCUUCAUCCUCCGGGACUUUAUUCACUCUCCGGAAAGACGGGUCAUGGCGGCCACCAUCUCCAAGCUCAAACUCGAUCUGGACUUUGACUCUAACUCAAUCAACCAGAUCCAGCUGGUGCUUUUUGGCUUUCAGGACUCGGUGAACAAGGUCCUACGUAAUCAUCACAUUAAACCUCACUGGAUGUUUGCCAUGGAUAACAUAAUCCGCCGAGCGGUGCAGGCUGCCAUCACCAUCCUCAUUCCAGAGCUGCAGACCCAUUUUGGACCAGCCUCAGAGUGUGAGGGGGCAGAGAAAGAUGAUGAGGCGGAUGAAGAGGAAGCAGAGUUCGGUCCUGUUUUAGCUUCAAACUCAGAUGACCCAGGAAUCACGCCCAAACCUGUCUUCAGUGGCACCAGCACAGUGAAUUCCUUCCACACCCAGGAGCAUCAGCGCUCACAUGCCCCCCUGGGAGCCCAGCUGGGGCAACUCAAGCAGGAGACAAACAGGUUGCUGGAGGAGCUACUGCAGAAAGAGAAAGAGUACCAGCAUGUCCUGAAGGCCACGCUGCAGCAGAGGACUCACGACUUGGAGCUGAUCCGAGUCAGACACAGACCACCAGACAUUUCACCUCCCUCCAUCCUUCACGUCCCAGCAGACCAUGAGCCAGACAAGCGGCUCACUGAUUGGCUGAAAGAGCACGGGGCGGACCCAGACACUAUAGACAAGUUUUUGAUGGAGGAGUACACUCUGAUUGACAUUCUGACUGAAGUCAGCAAAGAUGACCUUCGCUCUCUUCGUCUACGGGGUGGAGUCCUUUGCCGGAUCUGGCGAGCCAUUCAGCGGUAUCGAGAGCGAGAUAGGCUGACCGGUGACAAACACUCCAAAGCAGACGUAUAACUACAUCUUUUUCUCUUAAUUUCUGGGGAAAUAUGCGCACAUCGACACAUUACCAGCCCUGAAUGGCCAUCUCAUUUUUUCUUUCCUACCUGUUUCCUCUGUGCCUUUCCACGAUGUCAUCUCUGACAGACUGAAUCCAUGCAGUCCUUAUUGAUCAGACCAAAGCGCUUUAGUGCGGGCACUACUGUAUGUAUUUUCAUCUGUAUUUUAUUGUUUGUGUGUGCCACAAUGUUUUCGUGCUCGAGAGCUUUAAAAGGUUAGGAAUUUUUACAAUUAUGGAAAGCCUAAGACUUUGUUUUUUAGUGUUCUUAUCACCUCUGAAAGGCUACUGUUUGCUGAAACUGUGAACAUUAAAGGGUCUGUGGUUUGCCCCUUUCAGAGAGUUCUGGUACUUUAAAUUGCUUUUGUGGGUUAAGGAGAUUAAUUUCACAAUGAUCAAUAACAACCUGCUACUUUCAAGCUGAAAUUUCAUCUGGUUCAGGUUAUUUGCAGCAAGUCUGUGCAGUUGUAACCAGGGCCGUAGCCAGACUUUAAAAAAUACCGAAGUCCACCACUCAUUAUCCUCCUGCACAUCAGUUACAAUGAAUCCAAAAACUUAAUUAAAAUGGAAGCAUUUAUUUAAAACAUAAGUGACUUGAAUAGACUAAAGUUAUCCACCUGCCUUAGUCUGUCUUUAUGUCUGAAUUUAUUUUAGAUUUGACUCAGUGAAAUAUUUUUCUAAAAGAACACAAAUAUAAUUAAAGCGUGCUUUAUUAAGCAAUAUGCAUAUUUUUUCAAUGAAACUAAUUUAUACUGUAUUCUUUGCAGUCAAAUUUAGCUUGGAUAUCACUGAAAUAACACAUCUAUCCGUGGUCAGUAGUAGUCGAAAGUGAAUGUACUUAAGGCCAGUCAGUUUUUGGUUGUUUUGAACAACACAGGAACAUGGGUCUCAGCAAUGUAUCCUGGCUGGAGUGGAUGGGCAGCAGGCAUCUAUUUAAUCUCUCUUAUCUUCAUCACUUCUUUGCCUUUUCAUCACCCUCUUCCCCUCAAAGCUGAGCUUUGAAAAAAACUUUCUGUCUUAUUUUAAUGGACGGAAACAUUAGCUCUUGCAAUAGAAACAUCAUCAGUCUGUCACAGCUGCUCACAAGCAAUGCGCCAACACGAAUCAAACAAAGUCGUCGAUGGGCGCUAACUAUUCUAACUAAACUUAAACAGUGUUAUGAAGCUUGAAGACUAUUGAACUGUUAUUUGGAGAAGAAUAAAACUGAGGUCGAAUAUUUUUAACAAGUCACCGCUGUUACAUCUCACCGUCAGCUGCACUCUUCUUCUUCUGGUCUUUAUUUUAGCCGUAGGGUAUGCAAAGCUGCACGCUUCUUCGUAGACAUUUAGUUUGGCUGCCUUGCACAGUUGUAGCACCUCCUACAGUAACCUGGUGAAGCUACUCAGAGAACCAUGCUGUUCGAAAGCAUUGUUCUGAUUAAGUUUUUAUUUUAUACCCAGCAGAAAAAUACUGAGGUCCGGACCUCGGUGUCCUCAAUGGCAGCUAAGGCCCUGGUUGUAACUGAGUUGAAUGUUGGAUCUCCUUAAUUUGAGCAUCCAUAGUUUUUAAAAAAUUCGAAAAAACCUUUUGAACUGCCCCAAAUGAUGUCCUACAGUUAUUAUGUCUUCACAGACAUCCCGUCCAAUCAUCUGGCUCAGUACAGGUAAUUUUUGGGGGGUUCACUGCGUCGGUUUUUUGUCCUAAUCACCUUAGGGUCUUUUGAUUUUUAGGUUUUACAGCGACCAACCUCUGCAGCAACUGAGUGUUGCUGGAGGCCUUGCUUAUGCGCCUCAAUAGUCAUGCCAUAUACAAAUACAGAAAACCUUUUUGGCUUUGCCUUUAGAGGGUAAUAGAGUGAAUGACUGACAUAAAAUGAUAUAAAAGCAAGAUUUAUGCACAGAUUUGAAUGAUCAGUUGAUGAACAGCAGGUUUGAAUUUAAAUGCAGUUUUUAAUCAUUUACCUGCCCUAUUCAUUUUGUUCCUUGCUCCUAUUUGUUCUUAUUGAAUUUUACCUUCUAUCCAAAUUGGAUCCACCAGCAUGAAAUACUUGUCACAUCACUCCCGGUUUUAAGAUUUUGGUCAAGGGUGUACACACUACUUCCUUCUGUAAUAUUAUGGAAAACUCAGGCAAGAUAUCUGGAAGAGAAUCGUGAAUCUCCACAAGUCGGGUUCAUCCUUGGGUACAAUUUCCACAAGCCUGGAGGUGCCACGUUCAUCUGUUCAGUUACACAUAAGCAUAAAGACCACAGACAUCAUACCGUUCAAAAAGGAAACGGGUGUUUUGAUGUGAAAUGUAUGCAAUAGCCCAAGAACAAAACUAAAAACAUUUUGAAGAUGCUGGUUGAAGCUGGUCAGAGAGACUUCUCAUCCAGUGAUAUGUCCUACACCGACAUGGGUUAAAAGGCCGCUCAACGAGGAAGAAGCCAUUACUCUAACAGCAAAAUAAAAUGCCGGAUUACAGUUUGAAAAUGUACUCAGCGACAAAAGCGUGUCCUGUGGUCUAAUGAAGUUAAAAUUGAAGUGUUUGGCUGUAAUAAACAUUGGCAUAUGUCAAACAAAAAGGGGGGAGUUUGAAAGCUUGAGAACACCAUCUCAACUGUGAUGUAGGAGGUUGCAACAUCAUGUUAUGUGGCUGUCUAUCUGUGAAGGACACCAGUCCCUUCUAUGGCUGUUGCUGCAGGAGGGUCUGGUCCACUCAUAGAAUAGAUGACAUCGUGGAAAGGAGAGAACAAUAUGCAAAAACAUUAAAGAAACAUUUCAAGACAUUUGAAAUGCAGUAAAAGCUUUGUCACAAAUAGACAAUGACCCCAAGCAUUCUGGCAGUUUGGUUACAAAGUGGCUUAAGGACAACAAUGUUUUAGAGGCAACCGCAAAGCCCUGAUGUUAGUUCAUAGAACAUUUCAAGAGUGGAGCUGAAAAUCUCACUUUUGCAAAAUAUGCAACAGGACCUACAAAUGAGGAAAUUUCCUAUUUAACAAUAUGCAGCAAGUCUAGAAAGUAUGUCCAAGAGGGUAAAAACUGUGGGUGAAACAAAACACCUGCAAAUGAUGCAGGUUUUGUGCUUUUUUGGUUCGGAAAUAGUGGCUGUAUUACCUUUACACUGACUCCAGACUGAUACGUGUUAGCACACAUCAAUUUCUUCUGCUGUUCUGUUGAUCCGAUUUUUCUCACAUCGUGCAUUGAGGCUGUAUGUAACACCAACUAAUGUGUCAAUGCACAUUUUCAAACUGAACCAUUUCCUAAGUACCUAAUAAACUUUCUGGUCAGAGUUCACAGAUUUCUACAUAAUUACACCUUCACUACUUCCACAUUCCCCUUACCGGGAAGCUGCAAUUUGUUUUAUUUCCUACUAUGGGGAGUAAAUAGAAAUACCCAUGCAGACAUGUUCCAACUGAGGACUGCUCAGGGACUGCUGUGAUCAUGUUGCUGCAGGUCAUGCAUUGGAAAAACUAAAACAAUCCAGCAAACAGCCAGCUCUACAAUCAGCUGUUACCCCUCAGCGUGCUGCCAAGUGAAGAAGUAACUUUCGUGACUUGAUCCUUGAGUAAAACCACAGACCUACUCAACUACCAUAGUCUGGAAUGCUUUGAAUCACUGAAGCCUUGAAGUCAUAUUUAAUUUAACAUGUUGACAGAUUAUAACUGCCAAUCUCCAUAUUUAUGUUUGUAUGCAUGUCAUUUAUUAGCUAAAACUGUCUUUUCUCCUGUUUUUGUUUUUAUUUUUGCUGUUAUAUAUUGUUAUUUAUCUGCUUUUCAGCUGCAAUAAACCUGUGAAAGUUGUGAAAA